CAGCACCGGCAACAGUGGGAGCGGAGACGAUGGAGGAGGACGAGCCGACCGUCCGUCUGCAGCUCAGCCCCCGACUCUGACGGCCCCCCCCCACGGGACCAUCCUGCCCAGUCGGGAGCACAACUGGGAAACAACAACUUUCUCUGUCCUUCACGAGACCAAGCACUGGACCUGAACUCCUGCAGGACUGAUAACACACACAUCUCUCUCCCUCUCUCACCCUCACUCACACCCUCUCUCUCAGCACACUUCACUACUCGCUGCCUUUUUUUGGGACUAGUGUGAUUUAUCUUUUUGUUGUUGUUGUUGUUGUUUGCUUUUUUUUAUUUUUUAUUUUUCACUGCCUUUGCUGACCUUCUCAGCCGAGUGGAUUUUACUUUUAUCCUGUGGCGGACCAUGGGGCUGGGGUGGAGGGGUGCAGCAGGGACCCUCCGGAGAAGGACAGAGGGGAGCAGGUACCUUCUGGUGACAUUGCUGCUGCUGCUCUGUGGUUUCUGGGAGGCUCACACACAGACAGAUGAUGGGAAGUCCGUCUACUUCUGGGAAACAGGUCCGUGGGGAAGGUGCAUGGGCAGUGACUGUGGCCCAGGUGGCAGCCAAAGCCGGGCAGUGUGGUGCGCCCAUGUGGACGGCUGGACGACGCUUCACACCAACUGUGACCAGGGCGAGCGUCCCUCCAACCAGAGGAACUGUUUCCGUGUGUGCGACUGGCACAAGGACCUCUAUGACUGGAAACUAGGUGCCUGGAACGAGUGUGCACCAGUGUCGGCACGGACCUUUGGGGCCGCUCGGCCGUUCACGUGCAGUGGAGGUGAAGAGGGCAUUCAGACGCGGGAGGUGAACUGUUUACUCAAGUUAGAUGGCACUCCGGCUGAGGAUUGCAUCUGUGAUUACUUUGAGCCCAUGCCUCGCCUGGAACAGGCCUGUUUGAUCCCUUGCCCCCAGGAUUGUGUGGUUUCUGAGUAUUCGCCAUGGACGUCCUGCUCCAAAACGUGUGGAACAGGCCUCAGGAACCGGGUCCGCAGCGUCCUGGUCCCUCCACUUUUUGGAGGCUCUGUGUGCCCCAACCUAACUGAGUUCCAGUCCUGUAAACCGGGGCCUUGCACAGGUCCAGAGGGCAUGUACAGCCUGAGGAUCGGAGCCUGGAGCCCUUGUUCCCUCCCCCAGGCACGGACAGCACGACAAGCCAAGCGCAGGAAAGGUAAAGGCGAGGGGCUCAGGGACCGGCCGGGAGUCAAAGAUCCCGAGACCAGGGAGCUUAUCCAGAAGAAACGGACCAGGAACCGACUGAACCGCCAGGAGAGCCCGUUCUGGGACAUCCAGGUGGGCUACCAGACCCGGGACGUGAUCUGCAUCCACAGGAACGGGAGCGCUGCCGGACGCAGCCUCUGUACGAUGAGGGACCUGCCGCUGACCGUCCAGUCCUGUGUCCUCCCUAAAGACUGCCAGCUGACCGACUGGACCGACUGGGGCCCUUGCUCCAAAGCCUGCGUGGACCCCGUGUUCCCCAGAGGAAACCGCACCCGGAGCCGACAGGUGCUCCAGUUCCCGGUGGGCGAGGGGGCGGACUGCCCACAGGUGGAGGAGCUGGAGUCUUGUGAACCUCAAGGGGACGGCGUGCCGCCCUGUGCCACUUACACCUGGAGGAGCACGGAGUGGAGCGACUGCCGGGUGGACGUGCUGCUGAGCCAACAGGACCGGCGACGCAACAACGCCACGGAGCUGUGUGGGGGGGGCCUGCAGACCAGAGAGGUUUACUGUGUGGAGGCCAAUGCUGAGCUCCUGAAGUAUCUCAACGACCUCAGGGAAAAAGACAAAGCGGGUCAGACCCAAAGACAGCAGAAGCCUAGUGUCCCCCCUCUCCUCUCCAUCAGCUUCCAGAUUACAGCCUCUCGCCCGGUGGAGAACAGACUGUGCGAGGGGCCGAUCCCCAACAGGUCGCAGCUUUGCCAAAUCCCCUGUCCCAUCGAGUGUGAGGUGUCGCCGUGGGGCGCCUGGGGGCCGUGCACCUUCGAGAACUGUGACGAUCAGGCCGGGAAGAAAGGUUUUAAACUGAGGAAGCGACGAAUCACCAACGAGCCGACGGGCGGGCCGGGGAACUGCCCUCACCUGGUGGAGGCGGUGCCGUGUGACGAGCCCAGUUGUUACGAGUGGAAGCUGCUCAGCCUGGACCAGUGUGUCCCAGGGGACCAGAAGAAGUGUGGCCCCGGCUCCCAGCUCCCACAGAUCCAGUGCGUCAACAGCAACGGGGAGGUGGGGGACGCAAACCUGUGCUCGUCCUCCCCGGCUCCCGAGCCCGUGCCCUGCGAGGUGCCUUGCUCCAGGGACUGUGUGCUCAGCGACUGGACGCCCUGGUCCACCUGCUCCCAGACCUGCUCCAGUAAGACCAUCGAGGGGAAGCAGAUGAGGAUCCGCUCCAUCCUGGCGUACAACGCCGGCGAAGGCGGGGCCAUGUGUCCUAACAGCAGCUCCCUGCAGGAGGUGCGUAACUGCAACGAGCACGCCUGCACGGUUUACCACUGGUCCACCGGAGCGUGGGGACUUUGUUCUGAAGACCCCUCGUCCACGUCCCUCAACACGUCCACGAGCGGCCGCGCUGCCGGCAGCCCCCAGGGUCUCUGCUCCACGGGACUGCAGACUCGCAAGGUCAUGUGUGUGCGGGUCAAUGUGGGACAGGUGCCUCCUAAGAAGUGUCCAGACGGCCCUCGCCCCGGCACAGUGCGACCGUGUCAGCUGCCCUGCAGGAAGGAUUGCAUCGUGACCCCGUUCAGCGACUGGACGCCGUGUCCGGUCACCUGCGACGAAGCUGGUAACCCUGUGAAGAGCAAGCAGUGGAGGAAGCGUCUCGUCAUCCAGCUGCCGUCCAACGGGGGACAGGAGUGUCCAGAGCCGCUGGAGGAGGAGAAGGACUGUGAGGUCCCCAAAGUCUGUCCAGGUUUCAGGUGGAAAACCCACAAAUGGAGGAAGUGCCAGCUGGUGCCGUGGUUCCUCCGACAGGAGAGUCCCACAGCGCAGGAGAGCUGUGGACCCGGACUUCAAACCAGAGCCGUGUCCUGUCGCCAGCUGGACGGAACGCAGGCCGACAUCGGCGAGUGUCUGAGGUACGCCAAGGCCAUGCCAGUCAUCACUCAGCCCUGUCAGCUUCCCUGCCAGGACGACUGCCAGCUGACCAACUGGUCCAAGUUCUCCUCCUGCACAGCGGACUGCGUCGGCGUCCGCACCCGGAAGAGGGCGUUGAUAGGGAGGAGCAAGAAAAAAGACAAGUGCAAGAACACGCAGAUGUAUCCGCUGAGCGAGACCCAGUACUGUCCCUGCGACAAGUACAACGCCCAGCCGGUGGGGAACUGGUCGGACUGCAUCCUGCCCGAGGGGGGCAGAGUGGAGAGCGUCCUGGGACUGAAGGUCCAGGGAGACAUCAAGGAGUGUGGACAAGGCUACCGCUACCAGGCCAUGGUGUGCUACGACCAGGACAGCAGGCUGGUGGAGACCCUGCGCUGCAACAGUCAUGGUUACAUCGAGGAGGCGUGCAUCAUCCCCUGUCCUUCAGACUGUAAACUCAGUGAAUGGUCCAACUGGUCGCGCUGCAGCAAGUCCUGCGGCAGCGGCGUCAAGGUUCGCUCCAAGUGGCUCCGAGAGAAACCGUACAAUGGCGGGCGGCCAUGUCCCAAACUCGACCACCUCAACCAGGUUCCUCUCUCCGCUCAGGUUUACGAGGUGGUUCCAUGUCAGAGCGACUGUAACCAGUACGUGUGGCUGGCCGAGCCCUGGAGCGUGUGGAAGGUCAGCAACGUGGACCUGAAGGAGAACUGUGGCGAGGGCGUCCAGACCAGAAAAGUCAGGUGCAUGCUGAACACCAUCGACGGGCCCUCGGAGUCGGUGGAGGACUACCUCUGUGACCCGGAGGAGAUGCCCCUGGGGGCCAGGGAGAGCCGGCUGCCCUGCCCCGAGGACUGCGUUCUCAACGACUGGGGGCCCUGGAGCCGCUGCAGCCUGCCGUGUACUCGAACCAACAGCCGGAUUCGCACAGCGUACCCAAUCCGGUCUCCCAGUGUGGGGAGGCAGUGUCCGGACACGACCGAUAAGGAGCCCUGCGGCCUGAACCUCAACUGCUUCAACUACUUCUACAACAUCACAGACUGGAGCACGUGUCAGCUGAGUCAGAACGCCGUGUGCGGGAGCGGCAUCAAGACCCGGAUGCUCGACUGUGUUCGGAGCGACGGCAAAUCUGUGGACAUCAAAUUCUGCGAGGAGUUGAAUCUGGAGAAGAAGUGGCAGAUGAACAUCUCCUGUGUGGUUGAGUGUCCCGUCAACUGCCAGCUGUCGGAGUGGUCGCCCUGGUCAGACUGUUCCCAGACCUGCGGACUGGAGGGGAAGAUGUGGCGGCAGCGCUCGGUGGUCCAGGCGUCUCAGGGCGACGGCCGGCCGUGUCCUUCUCAGAUGGAGCAGUGGAAGCCCUGUCCCGUCCGGCCCUGCUACCGCUGGCAGUACAGCCCCUGGUCUGAGUGUCGGGUGGAGAGUGUGGUGUGCGGACACGGCACACGCUACAGGAACCUGUCCUGCUUCGUGUCGGACGGCUCCAUGGACAGCGAGGGCGAGGGCAGCCUGGUGGACGAGGAGCUGUGCAGCAGCCUGGAGCUCGCCGUGGACGGAGACAAGCAGAUCACACUGAAGGAAGCCUGCACCCUCCCCUGCCCAGGUGAGUGUUACCUGAUGGAGUGGUCGGACUGGAGCUCGUGUGUGAGCAUCUGCGUCAGAGAUGCGGCCGUGGACUUUGGCUCGGUGCAGGUCCGCUCGCGAGCCGUUCUGGCCCAGGAGCCCGAGAACCUGCAGCUGUGCCCGGACCAGGCGUGGGAGUCGCAGCCCUGCAGCGGGGGCGAAUGUUACGAGUACAAGUGGCUCAGCAGCGUCCGUGCUAACUCCACCCGCCCGCUGAUCUGGUGUCAGCGCUCGGAUGGACUCAGCGUCACCGGAGGUUGUCCUCCUGUGAACCCUCCGACGACCAAUGGCUCCUGCGACCCCCCCUGUCUCCUGCCCAGGUCCUUCUGCAGCGAGCAGCUACUGUGCCACGGUGCAUCGCUCUCUUAAGGCCCAGGAGUCAAACGCCAACGGGACGGCGGUGUGGGUGGGCCACAAUGCACAUGAGAUGAUUUACACCUGUCCCGAUUGCCAAGAGCCGGCACCGAGCAGCAGCAGCUCGUGAGGAUGUGGAGGGUUCCUGCAGUCCCCCCCCCCCACAUCCUGCAGCCCCUGACCUUUGACCUCUCCGAAGGGUGUCACAUGUCCUGCCUGACUCGCUGAGUGAAGGUGCAGCAAAAAGCCAAAGAGGCCUCAGAGACAGAGGCAACAAAACAACCGACUAAAACCUCUGACUCUCGCCUACGACGGGGACACGGACAUGUAGCUGCCCCCCCCAACCCCC